AUCUUUCGUGACGUGAGGAUUAGCUAUGAAUCCAUACUUCUCAAUGGAUCAUUCUCCAAGGAAACGAUAUAUCGCCAGAAGCCCAGCCCUGAGGUAGAUGAAGCAUGGCUACGGUUAGGAAUCGAAUACGAUCCCCUUAUAGUGCCUGAUGAAGAUGCAAAGGCGGCAGGUAUCGAGCAGAACCGAUUUCAUAUCACAGAACGCUACGGUGGGCCUGGUUAUCCUGCAUUUGUGGCCGGAUUGCACCAGUUGCACUGCCUUAACCUCAUUCGGAAAAGCCUAUAUUUCAACAUUGACUACUAUAGGACUCUUCAUAAGGUGGAAUUCUUAGAUCGAAAAGAAAUUCUGGAGUUACAUAUUGGGCAUUGCGUCGAUGUUCUUCGUCAAAGGCUGAUGUGCACUGCUGAUACAGAGUUGCACCCCUAUAUCUGGGCCGGAGACCCUCCACAUGUAACACCCGAUUUCAACCGUAUGUAUAAAUGUCGAAAUUUUGAUGAUAUCCGGGAGUACGCAAAGCAAAACCAGGCGACCUGGGGACCUCAGGGACCGGACGUUGUACCAGAAGUAGGAGCACUCGUAUUAGACGAGAUCCCCUAA